CAUUCUUCUAUCUUCAAGAUCGGGGCUUCGAGACGCCUUGUUUGUAUUUUUUAAUACCGCAAAGGUUUAUUCAACUUGACCCCAGGGCAAUUCUAUCCUUCCCCUUCGCGCAGUCCUCAUUACCAGUGCCAACGACUUGCCAACCAUACCCCAGAUAUCCGACGACGCCAUGGUCGAUAUCGAAAAGACUCCCUUUGUAAGGGAGCUCGCUUCCAGCGACAAAAAAAUCCGCGACAAAGCCACUAACUCCCUCACACUGUUCUUGCGAUCCAGAACCGACCUGUCGCUGCUCGAGCUGCUAAAACUCUGGAAGGGCCUUUUCUUCUGCUUCUACCACUCCGAUCGUCCCCUCACCCAACAAGCUCUAGCCCGCGACUUAUCCUACUCGCUCGUCCCAACCCUCCCCCGAUCCACAGUCCACCGCUUCCUGCGCGCAUUCUGGAUCACCAUUGGCCGGGACUUCCACUCUCUCGACCGCCUCCGACUCGAUAAGUACCUCCACUUGAUCCGUUGCUAUAUCGGUGUUGCUUUCGAGGUCUUUCUCAAGAACUCCGCCAACAACAACAGCGGCAACUCUGCCACCGCCGCGGGGAUCAGAAAACGGAAGAGAGAAGAGACAGCCGCCGCAAAGAAACGCGCAAAGUCAAAGAAACGGAAUAGCUCUUCAGCCAAGAACGAACCGGCAGAAGAAGAGCAGCAGGAACAACAAGAUGAACAAGAAAAUGAAACAAUGCAAACUACCCCGGGUGGCAAUCACGGUGGUAAAUGGUCCGCCCUAGAAUCGUACAUUACAAUUCUUGAAGAAGGCCCUCUCUGCCCUGUGAACUUUGAUCCAUCUCAACCCCCGGCUGAUGAGAAGAACGAUUACGUGCCCAUGCCCCAUGGCCCGGAUGGAUUGCGGUACCAUGUUCUGGAUAUCUGGGUUGACGAGCUCGAGAAGGUUCUGGAGUUUGAUGAGAGUGAGGAAGAGGAGCGGAGUCGCAAACCCAAGGGUGAUGUCCCCGUUGAGCUUUUGCUGCGUCCGAUUGAGAAGUUGAGGAAGGAGAGUCCGUAUAAGCCUGUGCGCAUGAGGGCGGCUGAAACGUUGGAGGAUGAACGGUUGAUUGAGUGGGGGUGGAGGGAGAGGAAGAACAAGGUCGAGAGUGAUGACGAGGAGGAAAGUGAGGAGGAAUGGGGUGGGUUUGGAGAUGAGUAGG